GUGGUGCCCUGCUCAAGGAGUUCCGGGGCCGGGCAUACUGAGAGCAAUGGCUGGAAGAAGCGGCCUGGGCUCGGUCUCCUGGCGUGGGGCAGCGGUGCUGCUGCUGGGUCAGGUUCUGGCCGUCGCUCUGCAGACCUCACAAGCUCGUCAGCUCCGUUUCGUCACCAUGGUAUAUCGUCAUGGUGACCGGUCCCCAGUCAGGUCUUACCCAAAGGAUCCUUAUCAGGAAAGUGCCUGGCCUCGGGGAUUUGGGCAGCUCACACAGAUUGGGAUGAAGCAGCACUGGGAUUUGGGACAGGCGCUGCGAGAGCGAUACAAAGGAUUCCUCAAUGAAUCAUAUGACCGACGUGAGAUCUAUGUGAGGAGUACAGAUGUGGAUCGAACACUAAUGAGCGCUGAGUCCAACCUGGCAGGUCUGUACCCACCUGAGGGCUCCGAGGUAUUCCUGCCAAACAUCACCUGGCAGCCAAUCCCGGUGCACACAGUUCCAGAGAGUGAAGAUAGACUCCUGAAGUUUCCAAUACUUCCAUGUCCAAAAUAUACUAAACUGCAAGAGGAGACGCGACACUCUCCAGAGUAUGUUAACAAGACGAGAGACAACUUGAACUUCCUACAAAUGGUAGCAAAUGAGACCGGACUGUCUGACUGCUCUUUGGAAUCUGUGUGGUCAAUCUCAGACAUCCUCUUUUGCGAGACAAAGCAUAACCUGAGUCUUCCCUCCUGGGCAACACCAGAGGUUGUGGCACAACUGGUCGAAUUGAAGGAUUUCAGCUUCAGGUUCUUGUUUGGGAUCAUUGAACAGGAGAAGAAAGCUCGUCUGCAGGGAGGUGUUUUGGUGGCACAGAUCCUGAAGAAUAUGACAGCAGCUGCACACGAUGCCACCAGUGGCCUUAAGCUGAUUGCAUACUCAUCACAUGACACCACGCUGAGUGCUUUACAAAUGGCUCUGGACGUAUAUAAUGGGAAGCAGGCUCCAUAUGCAUCUUGCCAUAUGUUCGAGCUGUAUGAAGAGAACCCCGGGAACUUUACAGUGGAGAUGUACUUCAGAAAUGACAGCAGCCAACCACCUUACCGCUUAACGCUCCCGGGCUGUGUACAUAGCUGCCCCCUAGACAAGUUCCAGGAUUUGCUACAGAAGGUGAUCACUAAAGACUGGGAGAAAGAAUGUCAGCUCUCCAGUUCCAGCAAAGACACAGAAGUCAUAAUCGCACUGGUCGCCUGUGGAUGCAUCCUCUUUCUGCUCAUCGUGCUCCUGCUCACAGUUCUUUUCCGGCAGAAAUCACAACCGGUUGGCUACCAGCACGUUUCCGAUAUGGGGGAGGAACACAGCUGACGGACAGGCAGUUCUCUGCUCUAGUACCCGUGGCCUUGCCGCCUCUCAAUCCCGAUGAUCCAGUGAGAUGCAACUGAAGGAUCCUUUUCUUCUUUUAAGCAGGAUUUUAAUUCAUACGCUUUUAAAUUCUGGAUCAACAAGACACUUUGAUUUUAAGUUUCAAAUUUGAUAGUGGGAACAAAACAAAACAAUGCAAUGAAUA